UUCCGGUUUUCCUCCCUCAAGUUUCGAUUUUUCGAACUAGAAAAAUACUUAAAACAUAAAGAACAAACAGAAUGUCAACCUUUUUUAAACAAAAUUCAAACCUAAUGACGGUGCUAGGAACAAGUUUAUGUGUUGGUGUAGGAGGAACCAUUCUUUAUUUAAAAUUAACGAGCACUUUCUUGAGAGAAAUCCAUAGACUGUCGUCGUCAAUAGAAACUUUGAAAGCAGAAAUCACUAUCCUAAAUGAGAAACUUGAAGGAAAGUCAAAGUGGAGAAAAAAGAGAUCCGGAUACUAUUCAGUGAUCAGUGCAAGUAGUGGUGAUGAAACUGACAAUUAUGAAGAUGCUCUAGGAGGCUCGAGUGAAUUUGAAACUCCAACAGAAGGUGAUACUAGUACUGAUAAUGAAGAUAAAGUAAAAGGUGAACCAAGUGCUGAUGUGACUGCCCUGUAUACAGAGAUAGAUACAUUCAUAGAAGGGGGAGAAACAGAAAAAUUAAAAGCAUAUGAACUUCUUCAAAAUAACAAAACUAAGUAUUUAACUGAUGCUGAUUUCCAUUGGAGAUUAGCCAAGUGUACAUAUCAGUUAGCACAGAUAGAAGGAGGGAAAGGAAAUGUUGAAAAGAAAAAAGAAAUGCUUUACACAGCCAAAGAUACAGCCGAAAGAGCCUUACAUCUCAAUCAGAAAUCAGCUAAUUCACACAAAUGGUAUUCUAUAACAUUAGGAAGCAUUGGUGACUAUGAAGGAACACAGAACAAGAUAAAGAAUGGUUAUGUAUUUAAGGAACAUAUAGAGAAAGCCAUAGAACUCAACAGAACAGACCCUUCUAAUCAUCAUUUACUGGGAAGAUGGUGCUAUGGUGUGUAUAUGUUAUCUUGGUUAGAAAGGAAGGCAGCAGCUACUUUAUUUGCUACACCACCUACCUCAACAGCUGAGGAUGCUUUGACACACUUUUUAGAGGCAGACAGACUCAACCCAGGUGUAUGGAAAGAAAAUUUAUUAUACAUUGGAAAGUGUUAUAUAGAACUAAGGAAGUACUCUGAAGCUGUAGAAUGGUUAGAAAAGGCCAGUCUUCUGCCUGUAGUUAGUCAAGAUGACAAGACAGCAGAAAGUGAAAUAGAAUCAUUACUGGCAAGAUAUGGAGGAAAAUGAAGGGCAGGUUUAUAUUGUUAAUUUGAUCUCAGGAGAAUACAAUCAAGAAAUUCAUCAUACAAAGUUGUUGUUAUAUAAUUGUUUUGAUGUCAUUUUACAUUUAACUUUAUUACAUUUAAUGACAGAAGAUUUUAUAGUAUACUUGUUUGUGAGAAGAAAAUAUAUUUUUUUGAUGGAAAGUAAUAUUGAUAAGAAAUUAGAUUUCUGUGUAGUGAAGUUGAAAUUUGCAUGAAUAGUUUAGAUUAUCAAUUUUUAUGGCAUUGCCAUUAAGUUUUUGUGACAUUAAGUGUUUCCACUGUCCAUAGUUCUGUGUUCUGAAAUCAAAUAGUAGUUCAUACUUUCAUAAUGCUUGAAAAUUUUGAGAUAAUUUUUGGUUAAUAAGUGUAUAGGGAUGAGUUACAGAUCAAAUUUGUAUUUUGUUCUUAUGAUCAUGAUGAUUGUGACCAAGUGGUCUAAAUAGCUCCUCUACAGUGAUCACUACUCCGUCAACACUGAGGUUAUCAAAUCAAACCCCACAUGUGGCAAGGUAUGUUCCAAUUUGAUCUUUAUUGAUAAGGAUUCCCAGUUUUCCUGUCAAAGGUUGGUGGUCCUCUUAGGGUACUUUGGUUUCAUCCACCAGAAAUAAGUGGGAGCCAUGAUAUAGCCAUGUGGGCUGAAAGUGGUGUUAAAUGCCAACAAUAAAUCAAUUGAUACUUUUGACAGCAUUUUCACAGUAAUAGAGCCCUUGUACUUAAAAUUCUGGAACAUUGUACUUGUCUUUACUUUUUUGUGAUGUCUGCAGGACAGGAGCUGAUUUAUUUGGUACAUUUGGUACAAGAUUAGGCUGAGACAUUCCUGUUGCACCAUAGUCAUGAAGAUGAAAAUGUUGUUGAUGUUAUCUCUAAUAAAAGGUUCUUAUUCACUAUCUUCUAUUGUAUCCUGUGAUCAUGAGCUUUCACCUGAUAAAUUCAAAGUUUCAAGCACUUUAGAAAUGAGAGAAUACACUUUGCAAAAUCAAAUAAUUUUGUUGUAUCUGAUAACUUGCUAACAUUAAUUUUAGAUUUUUUUAGUUACAAGUAACUAUUUUCAGGUUUUUAGCUCACCUGACCUG